AGAGCGCCGCGCAUGCGCCGCGGGCUGUGCCGCGCCGGGGCCGCGGAGCGCUGAGGGAGCGGUGCCGCCAUGGCGGCCCGGGCGCUGCAGGCGCUGCCCAGGCUGGGGGCACUCAACAGACUGCAAGUAAUAUUACAACAUUUGAAAAUGUCUAAGCAAACAGAUUCAACAGCAGAAGUGUUGUUGGAAAAGAAAGGAGGUGCAGGAAUAAUUACUUUGAAUAGACCCAAGGCUCUCAAUGCACUAAAUCUGUCUAUGAUCCAACAAAUUUAUCCUCAAAUAAAGACAUGGGAGAAAGAUCCUGAAACUUUUCUAAUAAUCAUAAAGGGAACUGGAGGAAAAGCUUUUUGUGCUGGGGGUGAUAUCCGAGCCCUCACAGAAGCAGGAAAAGUUGGAGAUAAACUGGCACAAGAUUUCUUCAGAGGAGAAUAUAGGCUGAACAAUGCCGUUGGCACCUGCAAGAAACCAUAUGUGGCACUUAUCGAUGGCAUUACGAUGGGAGGGGGAGUUGGUGUCUCAGUCCAUGGACACUUUCGAGUUGCUACAGAAAAGACUGUAUUUGCCAUGCCAGAAACAGCAAUAGGCCUUUUCCCUGAUGUAGGUGGAGGGUAUUUCUUGCCAAGGCUCUCAGGAAAGGUUGGCUAUUACCUCGCACUAACAGGAUGCAGGCUGAAAGGAAGAGAUGUGCUGAAAGCUGGCAUCGCUACGCAUUUUGUAGAAUCUGAAAAGCUACCUGCCUUGGAGAAAGACCUGAUAGCACUGAAAUCUCCUUCAAAAGAAAAAAUUGCAGAUUUAUUGAACUCUUACCACAUGAAGUGCACAAUUGAUCAAGAAAAGGAGUUUGUACUUGAUGAACAUAUGGAGAAGAUUAACAGCAUUUUUUCAGCAAAUAGUAUGGAAGAAAUUGUUAAAAAGUUAAAGCAAGAUGGUUCUCCUUUUGCCACGAAGCAGCUAGAGACUAUUAAUAAGAUGUCACCUACAUCUUUAAAGCUGACACUCAGACAGCUCAGAGAAGGAGCUUCCAUGAGCUUACAAGAGGUACUCCGGAUGGAAUACAGGCUGAGCCAAGCGUGCAUGAAAGGCCAUGACUUCUAUGAAGGUGUUCGAGCAGUGCUGAUUGACAAAGACCAGUCUCCUAAAUGGAAGCCAGCUGCUCUAGAAGAAGUCAGCGAUGGAUUUGUGGACAACUGUUUUAAACCACUGGGAAAUGACGAUCUCAAGCUGUAAAGAUCAAACCUACUGACAUCUUACGUAUCUGCUUAGUUCUGUGGUAUAAAAUUUAAUAGUAAUAUGAUCAGUUGGACAAGACUUUUUUAGCUAGCCUGAGAUUCCCAAGGCUUUUUUUGUUUUUGCUUUUGUUUCUGGUUUUUUGUUUUGUUUUGUUUUGUUUUUGCAGUCGGGAACAUUCUCUGUAAUGAGAAAAUAAUUGUAUCUCUGCUUAAUAAUGGGAAAAAUCACUUUCAGGCAAAUUCAUUUUUACUGCUUUACACAGUGAUUAACAUUUAAUUUUUUUGCAUCAGCUCUUAGUUCAGGAGGAGCCCUUGGGGAAAAGAGCACAGUUAAGGGGUGACCUAAUCAGCAGAAAGUCAAGAGACCUUUUGUGUUCUUGACUCUGUCACUGAUCUGGUAAAUUUGGAUUGUGCCGCAGGUUCUUCUGCGUACAAUGAAAAUAAAAUAUGGUUAAACCUUUAAUGCAGUCAGAGCUACAAAGGAAAAUGCAAGACAGAAUCCGUGGUGUUAAAUAUCCUUUUAAAUAAAAGCUCAGACUGAUACAGUAUUAGUCUGAGAACAAGAAAUUG